UCGGAAAGAAACAUGGCGUCCACGGAACCUCAUCGCAGGAGUUCUACGGGGAGCGAAUGUCGUGAUAAAACCAACGACCGUCUCAGAAAGGAGCAUUUUUUGCUUCCUAAUUCUGAUCAGAUAGAUUUGAAUCUCCUUCUUCAAGCCGUUCUCGAUAUUAACGAGAAACUGAAUGAAAAACCAACAGAGAGCUCAAAAACAGAGGAAACCUGUGGAGGUCCGACUUCGAAAGAUGAUCGGCAAAGUACUCAAAAGGACAGAGACUUCGACGAUACUGCUUCAAGACAUUCCUCGGUGUCUUCGGCGUCUAGAUCGAGACCAAGAAGUGCUGUACAUCUCAACGAGUCUCGCCGCCCUCGGCCUCUAGAUCGUAAAAACAUGUCUUUCAGCAAUGCCACAGUAGAUGCUAUUGAUCGAGAAAAUAAGAGACUUUUAAAAGAAAUAACAAGAAACAGAGGAAGACCGAAGUCUGCCCAACCAAGGAAACUUGUUUCAGAACCCUUACGGGUACAAACUUCGUCUGAGGUCAACAGAUACAGGUUUCAACGAAAAGUAGAUAUGGAAAAUCAGAAAUUACUUGAAAGGCUUCAAACAGUCAAACCAACAAGGACAUUAUCACGGGACUCAUUACUCAAAGAACAUAUUAAACAGAAACAAUAUUCAAAAACGGCCUCAAGAAGCUGACCAAGCAGUGCAAAAAGCAGCACAGGAAGUGUCUCCCACUUGUCACGUUCUUCCAGUGAGUCCAGUUUCAUGAUUGGUGAUUCUGCAAGUGUAGCAAGUUCAAGGAUUUCCAGUGGUUCAAGUCGAUCUGCACAGAGGAAAGCCAUGUCUAAACCUGUGUGGGAAUCUGGAUGGUGAUCUGCAAUAUUUACCUCUGUGGCUCAUAAACUGAUUCAUGUGAUCUGUUGUGAACUCUUGUUAAAAAAUUUUAUGGUAUCCUGGAUCCCAGAUCUAAAUAUGCGCAAGAAAAGAAACAUGGACCACAUGUUUAUCCAUUUUAAGAGCCAAUGAGAGAUUAUUAUUAUUUAAGAAAAGAAAAAGAAAAGUCUUGCUCAGAGCAGUUAAAGGUUAAUUUCUUUUCUCUAAAAGACCAGAAUUUGUCAUGUGACCAUAAAAUCAAUGACAAGGCAUUACUUAGGGAGCAGUUUUCUAUUUAUAUCAUUACACACAAUUAGGGAAUGGUAAAAAAAUUUGGACUGCUGUAAUUAAAUUGACAUGCAUGUGUUAUCAUGUAAAGGAAUAAUUUGUACUUGGAAUCUAAAUUAUAAACACCACAAAAAUUCACCUUG